AUGGCUGGAGCCUUACUGUGCAACCAAUGUGCAACCAAGUUUACACUCAGCACUGAUAAAGCUUCUUGCAUUGGUACUUUCACAUGUUGCCCUUCCAAUUGUGAUGUAUGUUAUCUUGAUGCCAACAACUCUCCUACCUGCUCCGUAUGCGCCAAGCUGUACUCCCUCUACAAAAACCAAUGCUAUCCAUGUGAUUCAAAGUGUACUGGCACUUGCAAGGAUGAUGGAAAAUGUAGUCAGUGUGGGCCAUCGACAAAUUAUGUGGUUGACACUAAUGGGAAAUGUCAAGAGUGUCCAAACUGUUCCGGAACAUGUGUGUACCAAAACAACCAAGCUGUGUGCACAACAUCUUGCAAUGCAAACUUCUAUUUAGAUGCAUCUGGCUUAUGCAAAGGCUGUCCGAGCGGGUGUGCAACAUGCUCGCUUGACGCUGCCAACAGUCUGAUUUGUAAUGUUUGUACAUCGGGUUACAUGAGUUUCAAGCCAGGAGCCUGCCUUAAAUGUCCCCCUAGUUGUUUGAGUUGUUCAUUCAAUGGAGACCAAAUACAGUGCACUCCGAGACUGGGUCUUAGUGAGCCGGCUUGCAGAGAUGGAUAUGUCAAAAAUUCUGACAAUUCUUACAGCUGUCUAAGUUAG